UUGUCAUCAGCAACAUGGAGUACAUAAGAACUUUUUCCAUCUUCAAAAAAAGAACUCUUUCCGUUCUCCUCCUCCUCCUCCUCAGCCUAUUCACAUCCGGCUACGCCGCCACUUUCGAAGUCCACAACAACUGCCCCUACACCGUGUGGGCAGCGUCAACGCCAAUUGGCGGUGGCCGCCGCCUCGACCAUGGCCAAUGCUGGAAGAUCAACGCCCCAGCCGGCACGAAAAUGGCCCGCAUAUGGGGCCGCACAAAGUGCAAGUUUGACUCUAGCGGGAGGGGCUCAUGCGAGACCGGUGACUGCGGUGGGGUGUUGCAGUGCACCGGGUGGGGCAAACCGCCUAACACCCUAGCCGAGUACGCCCUUAACCAAUUCAACAACCUCGACUUCUUCGACAUCUCCAACGUCGACGGCUUCAACAUCCCCAUGAGUUUCGCCCCCACCAAACCCAGCACCAACCACAAAUGCCGUGCAAUCUCAUGCACGGCGGAUAUCGUCGGCCAAUGCCCCGGCCCUCUCAAGGUUGCCGGAGGGUGUAACAACCCUUGCACCACCUUUAGAAAACCAGAGUAUUGCUGCACCAAUGGACCAUGUGGGCCCACAGAUUAUUCAAGGUUUUUCAAGACAAGAUGCCCUGAUGCUUAUAGUUACCCUAAGGAUGAUGCCACCAGCACUUUCACUUGCGCGGGAGGAAGCACGGAUUAUACCGUUGUUUUCUGCCCAUGAAAUGUUAUAUUAUAUCCCUAAAAUGUUUAAGAAUAAGUGGCUGAUCUAAGGCUGUGAAAUCUGAAUAAAAUGGAUGGUUUGUUGUACACAAUCCAUUGAUGACCGAUUACAAUAAUAAAUGGUUACGUUGUAAUAAAAGGUUUAUCUACUUAGGUUGUAUUAUUGUUGGUUUUUUUUUUAAGUUUUUGGAUGACAAGAAAAUCUUUCAUCACUAUCAAAAGGUGUGUACUGAUGAAUAAACUACACUUGUCUUCUUUACUUA